GGAGGGCGGGCUAAGGGGCCGCGGCGCUGGCUGGCUGGCGGUGUCUGCUGUGCCCGGGUCGGUGUACCCGCCCCGGUUCUCCCGCUCCAUGGUACGCCUGUGAGCCCCGUCGCCGGCGGACUCGUCCUGGGGAUGGAGCACAUCCGUACGACCAAGGUUGAACAAGUGAAAUUACUUGACCGAUUCAGUACCAGCAACAAGUCACUAACAGGAACACUCUAUCUUACGGCCACACAUCUAUUAUUUAUAGACUCUCAUCAGAAAGAAACCUGGAUAUUGCACCACCAUAUUGCCUUAGUAGAGAAACUAGCUUUGACUACUUCUGGAUGCCCACUUGUGAUUCAGUGCAAAAACUUCAGGAUUGUGCAUUUCAUUGUUCCCAGAGAAAGAGAUUGCCAUGAUAUUUACAAUUCUUUGCUACAACUCUCAAAACAAGCAAAAUAUGAAGAUCUCUAUGCAUUCUCUUAUAAUCCCAAACAAAAUGAUUCGGAACGACUACAAGGUUGGCAGCUCAUUGACCUUGCUGAGGAAUAUAAGAGGAUGGGAGUGCCAAAUUCAAACUGGCAGCUGUCUGAUGCCAACCGAGAAUACAAGAUUUGUGAAACUUAUCCCAGAGAACUUUAUGUUCCCCGAAUAGCAAGCAAACCAAUAAUUGUUGGUAGUUCCAAGUUCCGGAGCAAGGGAAGAUUCCCGGUUCUUUCCUAUUAUCAUCAAAAUAAAGAGGCUGCCAUUUGUCGAUGUAGUCAACCACUAUCAGGAUUCAGUGCCAGAUGCCUGGAGGAUGAACAUUUGCUUCAAGCCAUUAGUAAAGCCAAUCCGGUCAAUCGCUAUAUGUAUGUCAUGGAUACCAGGCCCAAACAUCGAAUGCAGAGCUGGUGGGCUACACAAAAGGACAUUGGCAGAAUUAUAGUGAGGAUUUCUUCAAAAAUCUGGAAUGAUGAGAAAAUAAGAGAAAGCGAUGAGAAAAAGCGACUGAAUGCAAUGGCCAACAGAGCAGCUGGAAAAGGUUAUGAAAAUGAAGACAACUAUUCUAACAUUCGAUUUCAGUUUGUUGGAAUUGAAAAUAUUCAUGUCAUGCGGUCCAGCCUUCAGAAAUUAUUGGAAGUCAAUGGUACCAAAGGGCUUUCUGUCAGUGAUUUCUACUCUGGUUUGGAGAGCUCAGGAUGGCUUCGCCACAUCAAAGCUGUUAUGGAUGCUGCAAUCUUCUUAGCCAAAGCGAUAAUGGUGGAAAAUGCAAGUGUGCUGGUACAUUGUUCUGAUGGUUGGGAUAGGACUUCCCAGGUUUGUUCCCUUGGCUCUCUUUUAUUGGAUUCCUACUACAGAACAAUCAAAGGAUUCAUGGUUUUAAUAGAAAAGGAUUGGAUCUCUUUUGGACAUAAGUUUUCAGAAAGGUGUGGCCAUUUGGAUGGUGACCCAAAGGAAGUCUCACCGGUGUUUACUCAGUUCUUGGAGUGUGUGUGGCAUUUGACCGAACAGUUCCCACAAGCCUUUGAAUUCAAUGAAGCAUUUCUUCUUCAGAUCCAUGAACAUAUUCAUUCAUGCCAAUUUGGAAACUUCCUUGGAAAUUGUCAGAAGGAAAGAGAAGAGCUCAAGUUAAAGGAGAAGACUUACUCCCUGUGGCCAUUUCUCCUGGAUGACCAAAAGAAGUACUUAAAUCCCCUCUAUAGUUCCAAAUCUCCAAAAUUUGCCGUGUUGGAGCCAAAUACAGUCUCCUUCAAUUUUAAGUUUUGGAGAAACAUGUACCACCAGUUUGAUCGAACAUUGCAUCCUAGACAGUCCAUGUUUAAUAUAAUUAUGAAUAUGAAUGAGCAAAAUGAACAGUUAGAGAACGAUAUUAAAGACUUAGAAUCUAAAAUUAAGCAACGUAAAAGUAAGCAAACAGAUGGAAUUCUUACCAAGGAGUUGUUACAUUCAGUUCAUCCUGAAUCACCUACCCUCAAAACUUCCUUGUGUUUUAAGGAGCAAACUCUGUUACCUGUGAAUCAUGCUCUUCGAACUAUAGAGGGCAGCAACCCAGCAGAUAAUCGUUACAGUGAAUAUGCUGAAGAGUAUUCCAAAUCAGAACCCGGUGUGGUCAGCCUAGAGUAUGGUGUGGCAAGAAUGACCUGUUAGAUCCAUAAAAUCUGUUCUGGACUGACUGUGGUGCAAGAAAUGGAUUAUUGCGAAGAUGAUCAGUGUGCAUGACCAAAAGGAAUUUGUCUGAUAACGAUCUUAGAGUUUAAUAGUUGGAGAAAUGGUAAUAACUCCUCCUAUGAGAGAAAUAAGUCAGUUUAAUUGCAUUUCCAGCAAGGAAUGACUUUCAGUUCUUUAAGAAACAAGUGGUACUGGCAGAUUUAUUCAAAACACAAUUUGUACUAUAAACUAGUGAAUUGACAUUUCUGUAUGAUUUAUAUGUUAAUUACAGCCAAACAUGAACAACUUUCCUUAACUAUAACUUAAUUGCCAGAAAACAAAACUUGACAAAGCUCUCCCUUACUUAAUAAUUGACAUGGCAUGUACUUUUGAUUACAUAACUAUGUAACUAUGAAUAUUUACAUGUUUUGCCAAUUGGUGAUGUUUAAUGUAGAAGUGCCAUGAAAAAUAUUCUAAGAAAGCCUUAAAAUCUCAAUUCAUCCUUUACUCUUAAGUUUUAUAGCCAAGAGCGUUUUUGGAUUUUUUGUUUUUUUCUUUUGGUCAGCCUUGUUUGAUUUUUAAAGAAGUACACUGUCAUUACUGCAGGGGCUGCAUGCUACAAUACUCCUGUGCAAACAUGUAGAAGUGCACCAUUAAGUUCAUGGUUGGCUGGUCCCAUGUCCAUAUUCAAAAUUAAUGAAACUGAACGUUUUAUUCUGAUGACAGUUUGUGCAGUGCUACAUUUGAUGACAUUAUUUACAGCUUAGAGUAUUGAUUUCUUGAAUAUGUGUAAACAUGUUUGACUGUCUUUUAUGCAUAGAUUACUGCAUUCUUUUGAUUCUUACUUGGUGGUGGCUUUAUUCCCUUGAUAACUGUGAAACUUUAAAAAGCGACUGUAACACUGUUCUUAAAAGACAAUGAAGAGUAUAUAUGUAUAUGGUUUUCUUUCAGUGAGUUACUCUUCCUAGGACAGACUUUCAGUUUCCCCCAAUUUUGGGGGUUAAACAAAAGGGAAGUACAAAUAGUUUAGAUUUCGCUUGGUUGCAUGAAUUUUAAAGCAGCCAUUUCUAUGUGGAACAUUUUUUCUUCUCUGUUAACAUAGGGGAAAAAAAAGGGAAAAUUAAGGAUAGCCUAGUGCAAAGCUAAUGUUUAGCAAAAACAACUUAAAUGCUAGGAAAAGUUUCAUUUUCCAAUGUUAUGUUAACCGUUCUGUGUGCUAGGAACAUAUCUUUAAAUGACAAAAAAAAAAAAAAAUUCACAGUAUCAUCCAGCUGACUUUAAAAUUGAAGGUUGAAGUAACAUGACUGGCAAGAGGUAUGAUGUAGGGGUAGUAGGAAACCUGGAUAGGAUCCCUAAUGCUUCUCUUUACUAUACUUAUAUCUAUUACAUUAGUUUUGAGCAUAAGCAAAUAUCUUUUUCAAAUGAAAAAAAAGCUUUAUUGUAUAAGAACUUAUCCUGUUUAUUUUUCCAAUGCUUUUGUGUAAUGCAUUAUGUAAUAAGAAAAAUACUCCUUUUUAAACAGUAACAGAAAUGCACUAUUAAAUAUAGUUUGUGAUUUAGCCAAGCCUAUUUCCAUACUUAAGCACUGGGACAGGAAACUUAAUCUUUGUGACCACAAAGGGAAGCUUUUGUGCCUUGUUAUUUGGUUCCAGUUACUGAUUGUGGUUUUAGAAUCUUCCUUAGCAGAUUUCUUAUAUUCACAUGUUUUUGGUUUAUUAUCUUCAACUUCAGGCAUAUGUAUAUAUAUGUGUGUGUGUGUGUGUGUGUGUGUGUGUUUAUGUGCUCACACAUGGACUGAGAAAUUAGUUAACAUCUUAAGUGACCUACAGAGUAUAUGUUGGCAGAAAGCAGAUUGUGUAUAUGUCAUAUAAAAUUUACGUUCGGUGUGUUUGGGGAUGUAUAGCAUGUAAAUUAUUAGAUAUAUUAUUUAAAGGUAAUUAAAUAUUCAUAUUUUACUUUGGAUAUUUUUCUUUUGAGGAAAAAAACAAAUGGAAUCAAGUUGUGGUUGGUUUUUUCUUUGCUCAAGUAGGCAAUUGGACCUGCACAUUAUACUAAUCUAAACAGUAUAGGGUUUGAGCAAUUCCUUUUCCCAAAGUUCGAUCUUGAUAAAUAAUAACUUAUAUAUAAAAAUAAUUUCCAAAAUAUUUAAAACAGGUAUAGUGGGCUAAAAGUUUCAGCAGAUAGAGUUGAUAAUGUCACAGUUUUGGUGGAAGGCAGUGUCUAGUGAGUAUAUACAUUCAGAGUAAAAAUGUCUCCCCAAAGGCAGAUCUAGAGAUCUGGAGAUAAACACAAGGAAAAUGACUUACAGGAAAAAGUUUAUAUGAGAGUGUUUUGAAAGGUUAGCUAGGCGAGAAGUAGCUCAGGGAAUCUUGACUAAAUAGCGAUGGAGGGAAAUCUUUUUUUUUUUUUUUUUUUUUUAAGUUCUCUUUAUUUGGUAGAGUAGCAGGGCAGCAGGGGGUAGUAUCAGGACCCCUCCCUUUUUUUUUUUAAAGACUAUUUUUUUAAGAGUAGUUUUAGGUUCACAACAAAAUUGAGAGGAAGGUCCAGAAAUUUUUUAUAUACCCCACCAGAGUGCUACAUUUGUUCAAUUGAUGAACCUGCAUUGACAUCAUCAUUACCCCAAGUCCAUAGUUUACCUUAGUGUUCAUCCUUACUGUUGUAUAUUCUGUGGGCUUUGGACAAAUGUAUGAUGACCUUUAUAGUAUCAUACAACGUAUUUUUCAUGGCCCAAAAAAAUCCUCUGUUCUUCCUAUCCGUCCCUCCUUAUCCCCCUACCUCUGGCAACCACUGAUCUUUCUAUUGUCUCCAUAGUUUUACCAUUUCUAGAGUGUCACAUAGUAGGGAUUGUACAGUGUGUAGCCUUUCACAUUGACUUCUUUCACUUAAUGCAUUUCAAGUUCUAAAACUUGAAGUUUUAGAAAUUUGAAAAAGCUUCUGUGUUUUUUCAUGUCUUGAUAGCUCACUCACUUCUUUAGCACUGAAUAAUAUUCUGUUGCCUGGAUGUACCACAGUUUAUAAAUCCACCUAUUGUAGGAUGUCUGGCUUGCUUCCAAGUUACAGCAAUUGUGAAUAAAGUUUGCUUUAAACAUC